UAAAUCUCUCUCCGUUAAGGAUCUCAUUAUUGGAGGUCAUUUGGAAAUACCAGUUUCAUUUUGACUUUCGGGGAGACCCCGGGCUUCACCAAGUCAGCUGUGUUGGGUGAUACUGCUCUCUGCCAGAUUGAGGGACAGGCCUUCCAUAUUCUGAAUCACCUUUACAUGGAGCACGAGGAUGAUGACAACAAUGAUGUAUCUUUUGCCAAAUGGAUGAGCAGCUUCUGGGGUUACAGCUGGAUAGAGGAAGGGAGAGGACUCCGGGACUGCCACGGAUCACAAGAUGCCUGACACAGGAAAAGCUCCCUGCCCUGCCCACUUCUUGUGCUUCCCAGAAUCCCAGCAUCUGGCAGCCAUCCUGGAAAGCAGCCUCAUGAGGACCAAGGGCUUCAAUGCCAGACCCACACGCGGGAUUACAGAAAAUGCUCAGGGGAUGGGUCCUUCAGGGAGCCACUGGAAUCAAAAGGAAGACCUCAUUCCAGAAUUCAUACAUUUUCAGAGUCCUCUGAACAGCAACUGUGCUUUAGAACUAAACGCUCUGUCUCUCUGGGACCUGAGAGCAGAAAGGAGAGAAAUGAAAGAAUAGGCCUGAGGAUGGAGAUGAGAUCUCACAAGAAAGUGGCGGAAAGAAGGAGCUCUAGGAAGGAGAAACAUGGGGAAGCAUCCACAGCCCUGCUGUUUGAAAAAGAGCCCAAAUAGUACUUUGUUGCCACAUCACCACUGCUGUGCUGGUGUUUUUGAGGCCCAGCACAUCGUACCGAGGGAGGGUGGCUAUAAAUGUGCCUGCAGACACCGAGUGACUUGAAGCAGAUGGGUGGUUCAGCUGCUCCCCAGGACACCUGUAUCAUACUCCAACUGCUGCUGGAAUCUUGGUUGAGAGUGCGAUUUGUUCUGUUGCCUUUUUAUGGAAACACAAAGAAUAAAAGAUAUUUUAAUAGAAUAAAGUAAUUCUCGAAAAUGUGAAGGAAGAUAUUUAAUGAGCCACCCACACAUCUUCACCAACCCUUC